AUGGAAGGAAAUGUGGAUAUCACAAUUACUUCCACUCUCCUGCCAAUUGAUCCAGAUAUCGAAUAUGAGAGUGACAAUGGAAUCCAUGUACUCUCUUCAAACGUCUCAAUUGAACACAGCGUUGUGGAUGAUGAAAACAAUGGCUUAACGAUGUUGAAUGACUCAUUUUCCGGCUCCGGUUCAUCAUCUUUCCGUCACUUUGAGGACACUUCCGGGGCUGAGCAUAUUCUGGCAGCAAACAUUUGGAUUUUUAUGCUCGUGUGCGUGCUUCUUGCGGUGUUCGGAUAUUUCCUUUAUCUUAUCCUGAAGUGGAGAGACUAUCAUGCAAUGGCAACUUAA